AUGCAGCCGAUGGAAAAUUCACAACAGCCGCUGGUGGCGGCUCUCAAAUCCGACAGUCUUCGGCUACAUGACGAAGCCGACCUCAUAAACUUCCGUGCCGAUGCCUUUGCAAGAUUUAUCAGUAACCAGGAUCUUUUAGAGACAGUGGCGCUGAAACCAUUUCACACUUCAAAAAUUACGCCGCCCUCAGUGUUUCCUAUCCACAAGAAAAAACUCUAUGAAGAGGAUGCCACAGACGAGCAGCUUCGAGAGAAGCUUCGAAAUCUCGAUAAGGAGGAUUUCAUAUUUGGUGAUACUAGACUCAUGAAAGUGAAGGAGAAGAUGCUCAAGGAAGAGAUUGAGGAGAACGAGAAGGAGUUGGCCGAAAUGAAACAACACCCGCACAAGACGUUUACAGAGGAGAUGGCAUUUCAGAAAAAAGCCUCGACGAAGCUAGCGAAGCUUUUCAGUGAAUGUUCUGAUGCGCAGUCGCUAGAAGUACUCGAAAAGGCCAUGGACGAGAUUGUCAAGGAUUACAAGGAGAAGCACGGUAAGAAUUACAUCUUACAGCACGAAACUCACACAAAACGUUCCAUACCAAUUGAACAGAUAGCGCCUGAUGUAAAGGUGGAAAAGGCACCAGCAAACUACAACCCCCGUCUGAUCACUUCCUUUGUAGAUAUGGGAGGAAGAAGUGGGACGAAUGGACGCCAGUUGGGGGAGGGGCCCGAAGCGUUCAGAGACGAUCUUUUUGGAGCAGGAGAGAAAAUGCACAAUCACGAGCAGCUUCCUUUUAUGCAAGGUAACGGAGACGAGGACUUUGCCAUGACGAUGAUGAACGAGAAUGGGAGUGGCGAAGGGGAACAAAAGUCGCCGCCAACCUCGACACAAGGACCACCGCCACAACCGCAGCCGCAACCGCAGCCGCAACAGCAGCCGCCACCCACAGCACAAAGCAGCAAUGAACAGAGUAACAAUCAGGGAGGUGAGGGAGAUGUCAACAUGGAAGAUCUCAAUCAGUUCCUACAAGACCCGCAGGGUAACGAUGACAUGAUGGGAGACGAUAUGGAUGCGUUGAUGAACUUUGGACCUGACAACGAAGAAGGCGGCGGCAUGAUAGAGGACGAUGCGUUCAACUCCGACUUCCUUAGUCAAAUUGACCACACGAUGGAAUAA